UGUAUGUAUGUAUGUAUGUAUGUAUGUAUGAGUCGUUCUCUCGUGAGCGUCAAUACCAUUGAAUGAGUGGUUCAAAAUACAAGAGGCUCUUUUAUCUGAAAAACGGAAGUGGAGAUGUUAUACAGUAGGGUCGUUUCCUUCCAAGAUCUUAGGGAGGCUGUUAUUAAAAUUAGGUCCCAAAAGUAAAUCCCUAAUACUUAGACCCACUGGAACCUCCGUACUAGUACGGAAAAAAACGAAGAAGGUGUGAACUAAAAUGGAGACACUUCUAACAAAGCUCAAGACUAAAGCGAAGGUUCGCCGAACAGAAACGAAGACCUACCAAACUGGAACUAAGCACAUUCACUUCAAGGGUGGACUUAAACUGUUUCUGGAAUUAUGAAUUGAUCUUGUCGUUGUGACACGCAAUCCACCAAAACCGUUAUGUCUUUUGUUAUUGAUUUUGAAAUCAGAAUGGGCCUACCUGGGGUAAUUUUUCAAUACUCACUGUGUUUGAUUGGCAGGCCAUGUGUCCAAGAAGCACAGAGGGCGAUAUACAAGCUAUAAUACUCCAUAUGAUUGACUUCUAUUCAUUGGAAAAUGUAGUUAGCGGUUGAAAAUUUGAUUGUCAGCUACUUCUUCUACACAUGCCCUAUUUCUCAAGUUCCCCGGAAGGGAAAAGAAAUUUGGUAGAGAACUCUGCAAGUCUGAAGUUGCUCCCUUACAAUUCAGGGGCCGUCUUUCCGUUUGACAUAACCAAGUCUAGGCCGUCGUUUUAGUCGAAAAGAAAAGAAAAAGCAGACAAUUGUGUAUUGGUGCGUACGAAAGGCGGAAUUCUUUUGGGUGUGACACGCAAAACUAUGGAGUGUUUUGAGUUUAACAACCUAGGUUAAAUUGAUACAAGAAAUACCAUUUUAAUGAUACGAUGUUAGAAUCACUAUGAGAUGUAUAAACACCAUAAUGGAAAUAAAUAUAUUUAUUAUCCGUAACAAUUUUGCUUUUGUCCGAGUGUUGCACUUUUGGGAAGGGAAAGACGCCAUGGCGACGAAUUUGCUAUCAGUAAGACACGUCAAAAGACUGAUGGGUGAACGAAGAUGGGAGGAAUAAUUCAUGUGGUGUCUGCGCUCUGACUCCUUACAAUUACUAUAAAAGGAAAGCUACCAAUUCAACCCGAAUGAAAUUCAGUCCAACAGUCCACUUUUAUUGGCCUUCUAAAGCGACUCGAAAGCCGCGCCUCCCAUGGUCUCCCAAGGAAUGCCGUCGAAUAGGUUAUUUUUGAUUGGCUGUGACUCUUGAUGAUCAGUCGAACAGCAGACGGGCAGAUGAUGUCACCAUUGGCAAUAUCUUUUCUCUAUGAUCAAUAAAAUAUAGAUCACGGAUGGCACUUAUGGUGACACUACAAGAAAUAUUCGUAAUUUGUUAGCGUGUUUGCCUUUGUAUUGGUCACCAUAUUGAAGUUGCACGUGCCCCUUCAAUAUUUCAUAUCUAGGGCCCUGUUCACUGUUCGUAAAUUGCGCCACAGACGAAGUUGUCGUGAUUAGUUACAUUUAUUAGACUCAGCGACUAAUAAAACGAAUUUUUACGUUCAAAUCACAGGGAUAAAACGUGUUGUAGGCGCGUCAAAUUUAUGUCUCGCUUUUUAAACGCAUAGACUCUGUUAUAUAGCUUACAGUAUUUUUAAUUAUUGAAGCGCCAGAUUUAAAGCAACAUUUUACCUCGAUUUGGUUCAAUUAAAGUUCCACCCCACCCCCACCAAAUAAAAAGGACCUGAGGGCUUGCUGUUUUGUUGUUCUAGAGCUUUGCUUGUAAAACAUACAUUCCAGUGGAAGAGCCAGGAGCUACUGGAGCUGUAGAUAGCUACCCGUACAUGACAUAUAUUGGCUUUAAUUUGCAAAUCAUUAUAACAUCAUUAAAGCCAAUUGACCUGCAAACCACAUACCUCUGCUAAGACCCCGUCACUCCCCUGGAAACCAGCCUCUUCGCGGUUUGUUUUCAGUUUCCGGAUCUCGGGUAUUGAAGAAUGGCGGCAAUUGUGAGACGCUCUCCAAAUUUUCUUUUUGGAGCACGCAGUGCAUUGCGAGCUCUUGUUUCUUCUCCUUCGUUCGAGACUCACAAGCAGCAAAAGAAUUUUUGCCAUCAUGGACACGCUAAAAUUAAAGUCGAUGGCCCUGUGGUUGAGAUGGACGGCGAUGAGAUGACCCGUGUGAUAUGGACAAUGAUUAAAGACAGGCUCAUUAAACCAUAUCUGGAUCUGGAUAUAAAAUACUUUGAUCUUGGUUUGCCACAUCGAGAUGACACAGAUGAUAAAGUAACAGUUGAAGCUGCUGAAGCCAUCAAACAUUACAGUGUGGGAAUCAAAUGUGCAACCAUCACUCCAGAUGAGGAGAGAGUGAAAGAGUACAACCUGAAAAAAAUGUGGCGAAGUCCUAAUGGCACAAUUCGAAACAUCCUUGGUGGUACUGUAUUCCGUGAACCAAUCAUUUGCCAGAAAGUUCCCAGACUGGUCCCUGGAUGGGAACAGCCAAUUGUGAUUGGAAGGCAUGCUCAUGGUGACCAGUAUCGUGCAAGAGAUUUUGUUGUGAAUGGACCAGGAGUGUUUGAAAUCUCCUACAGACCUGCAGAUGGGAGUGAAAAGUUAACCACUGAGGUGUUUGAGUUUACUGGUACUGGAGGUGUCACCAUGGGCAUGUACAACACUGAUGAGUCCAUCAGGGAUUUUGCCCACAGUUGCUUCCAGUAUGCAUUGAGCAAAGAGUGGCCACUCUACAUGAGCACCAAGAAUACAAUUCUUAAGAAAUAUGAUGGCAGAUUUAAGGACAUCUUUGAAGAGAUUUAUGAAAGAAGUUAUAAAGAUCAAUAUAAAGAAGCUGGGAUCUGGUAUGAGCACAGACUUAUUGAUGACAUGGUGGCCUAUGCCCUGAAGUCUCCUGGUGGAUUUGUUUGGGCAGCAAAAAAUUAUGAUGGAGAUGUCCAAUCUGAUACACUGGCUCAAGGCUUUGGUUCUCUUGGUCUCAUGACAAGUGUACUGGUAUGUGGUGAUGGAAAAACAAUAGAGGCUGAGGCAGCCCAUGGUACAGUGACAAGACAUUACAGAGAGUACCAGAAGGGAAAUGAGACAAGUACCAAUCCUAUCGCCAGUAUUUUUGCAUGGACUCAAGGUUUGCGCCACAGAGCAAGACUAGACAAGAAUCCUGAACUUAAAAAGUUCUGCAAGGCUCUUGAGAAAGCAUGUGUUGAUGCUGUUGAUAAUGGUCAGAUGACAAAAGAUCUCGCUGCCUGUAUCUAUGGACUUAGCAAUGUUAAGCGGGACCAGUACUGCUCAACUGAAGAGUACUUUGAUGCCGUUGAGAAGCAACUUCACGACCUUUACCAGCCUCCUGUAUGAUGAUGAGUCUGCCGUGAAAAUUCCACAGAUAAUAAUCCUGGAGACUGAUGACGCAGUAGCAAACCUGGCACUGUAUUUGUGUUCAAUGUAAUGUAGCACAGGCCUAGCUAGUUCCAAACUAGUGCUUACUAUAAAUAUUCUAUGAGAUGAAUGUGACUGUUACUAAUGCAUUUUAUGUUAAAAACUGACACUGUGUUCAAUUCAAUGCAGCGUAGGUAUUUAUUCAAAGUAAUGUAACUAAAUGUAUUUUGCACUCAGGCGCUCUCACGAGCUGUCAUAUUGUAGUAAUUCUGUUGUCAAGCCAGUCAGUUCCUAGCCUAUCAGUUUCGGCGGCAAAUUCAUGCACAUAGACAUAUAAUAUACUGUGUGGUGAAUGUCAGUGUUUCAGCGUUAAUUACGUAUUUUCCGCUUAUGAUCUGAAACAAGCUUCCAACUGAAAUUUUACUAAGUUUACUUUGUAGUUAGGGCUUAACUAGAUUCUCAAUUUUUUACCUGUGUGAAUAAUGUGCGGUUUAUUGUAUGUACUUGCAGAGCAGAAAAUAAAAGAUACUACGAUUUUAAAAGUA